CGUGGAAGAGGGAUGGAACCAGUUAUUAGCUAAAAGAGGGAGAGAGAGAAUGAGAGAGCCACCCAGAACAGAGGAGGGGCCUGGGGGACAGGGAGGGAAUGAGGCGGGAAGCUGAGAGGCCCCAGUAUAGGAAAGACCGUUACGCUGCAGAUGUUUGGCAGCUACUGGCAAAGGAAGUGUCUGAGAAGGAGGGAGUGAGACUGCUGGGCUGCUGAAAGGAUUGGAGGCCUGACUUGUGCUCUCUGUAGACAGUAUGCCUCUUCCACCACCCCCUUCCUCUCCUCCACCACCUUAUCCACACUCCAGAGAACCUUUGAGCCUGAAUUGGCCUUUCCUGCGAAGUCUGUUGGGAGUUUUGCGCAUAUCGCAGCUGGUGGCUGGUGCUGUUUGCUGGAUUACUUUAGCAGCACACAAGUAUGAAGGGGCAACUUACUUUGCUGUCUUUGCUGCAGUCCUUGUGUGGCUGCUCACCUUGGCAAUCUUUGGGCUGAGCUUAUUGGGCCGCUGGGCUUUAGUGCCAGGGCUGGGGAAGCGCUGGCUCAUCACAAACAUAGUGCACGAUCUGCUGUUCGGGGUCAUUCUCUUCUCUGCUGCCUCAGGCAUCAUGGUCCAUAAAGCGCAGGAUGCCAGCUACUGCAACCUGAGUGCCUACCAGUUUCCAUGCAAUUACAGUGCCUACCUGAGUGCUGCCGUCUUUGCAGGCAUUUCUGCCAUCUUUUACCUGCUUUCAGGACUCUACUGUCUGGUACGCCGUUCCCGGGGGCACCAUGACAUCAUCUGAGAGAUACAAGAAGAUAGAUCAGUAGAUAUGGAUAGACACUCUUCUUCAAACAGAUGGACAAGCCUCAUUCACAUAUCAUCCUCACAGUCAGAUUGAUCCUAGCUCCUGACAUGCCAAGUUGUCUUCCUGAUGGAGAGAGAAGACAUCAAUAGACUUUCCUUGAUGGCAAGACAAGAAUCAAUAGAUUUUCCCUACUGAGAAUCUGGCACCUUAACCAGCAAAUGGAUGUAGACUUUUGUGACGCUGAACUGGUAUGUCCUUUAGAUGAAACCUGGGAGACAGAUUGUGAGUCCUUCUUCUUUCUCUUCCUUCUUCAUGUGGCAAGAGGGUCUUUCUGGGUUUGGGAGGACAUUGUAUGGCCUGGCUUGUGAUGAGAGUGAGUGCCACAGGGAGUCCUGGAAACUCAUGAUCAACAUGAAUUUUAGUUUUUACAAGAGCAAUUUUACCUCAGUAUAUAGUCCUUGCCAAGGCGUGUAUACUUAUGCCUUUCAUAUAAGAUCCCACUUUCAUAUGGAAAUUAAUUCAGUGGAUUAAUUGAACAAUUGAAUAAUAAUCUGGUUUUGUCCUCUGAUUAUUAUUUUAUAGCAAAAUAGAAUUUAGAUAUCACCCUCAAAAGCUUCUAUGACAAGUUUUGUUUGCCCUGUGCCGUUUUGGUUCUGUUUUUAUUCAUAUAUUUAUAAGUAAUGGCUUUUCGAAUAACUUCAGUAUUUUGGGCAGGAUCUCGGUGUAUGUACUGUAGCCAUUCUACUAUAGCAUCACACUUUCCAGAGUUUGUACUCUCUAACAUGUCAUUGUAACCCACCUGCCUCUUAGAUAUGAGAAAAAUGCAUUUUCUGUACAUUCAGACAUGUCUUCUUUUUAUUAUUAUCAUUAUAUCAUACUUCCCAAAGAUGACACCAGAAAGAGGUUCUUGGGCUGAGUGCUGGUAAACAUUCCCUCAAAUUAAGCUCUCCUUCUGAUCUUGGACCAUAACUGUUGUUUUCAUUUUUCCCUGGACCAGUUCAUACAUCAUUUCCACAAAACCUCAGGGGCCAUUGCUUCAUGGAAAAGGAAGCCAACUCACAGGCUAAUCAGUCAUGUAUAAUAGGGAACAUUUGGAGUCUUCUGCUAAAUGUUGGGGGAGGGGGUUGAUAGUGGGGCCAUGCAGGAAAAAGGCCCCCUGUGGCAGGGAAGGAAGUGCUGGUCAUCAGUUGAGGCAAGGAUUAAAUGAAGACCAGGACUCCCCCUCUGCCCAACAAGCUGGCUGAGAUAACGUCUCUAUUGGAGAGGGGAUUGAGACCUGAUUAAUCCUUGACUCCUGAAACUACAAAGAUUAGAUUCCCAUAAAAAGACCCCUUUCUAAUGAGGUAGAAUCACAUUCCAGAUUUGAGUACUAGUGCAGUUGUAGGAGUUAAAUGUUGGUCCUGGAUCUGGUUUGAAUCCCCAAUCUGUCAUGGAAAUUUGAUGGGAGGCCCUGGGCCAGUCAUACACUAUUAGCCUAACUUAAGAGUUGUUGUGAGCAUCAAAUGGAAGUGAGGAGAACAUAUAAACCUCCUUGAGUCCAUUUUGGGGAGAAAGGCAGGUAAUAAAUGAAAUAGAUAAAUUCAGGCUGGGCUCUCAGAGUAAAACUGGUUGUUGCAGCACUCUGUGCCAGGACUGUGCAUUGUUCCACUCGCCUUAUAAACUGGAGAAGCCUGUUCAGUGGAUUUCGCAUCCAGCACUGAGAUAAUGCCCUGCUCAAGUAGACAACACAUGGGAUUUGUGCUCCUACACAUGAAAAGGUAACUUUGAGCAAAAACAUGCAAGCAGGAACAUACAGUUGGAGAGACUCGGAGGGAAAUAUGAUUACUCUAAGCUCUACAAGCUGCCAUUUGGUUCAAAGGAAUAAUAGCAACUAGUAAAAGUUACAUCUUAUGGAAGCCCUCUAAUAUGAUUUGUAUCCAUACUGGGUGAAUUUCAAGAGCCUAGCAGAAAGAUCAAUUCCACUGCUGUCUGGAACUUUAUUUCUGCAUCAUGUGAGAGUAUCUGGAUUUAUUUGUGUGUGAAACCAUAACACCAACAGCCCCAGAGUCUGCAUGUUUCUGGACUGGCAUACAUUGGACUUCAGCACUGCAUGUCCCUGAUGGAGGAGAUGCCUGAGAAAGAUUGAAGUGCCGAGUAAUGGAUCUCCACAGACAAACCUCCUGCGGUGUGCCUAAGUCAAAUUUGUGUAGCAGCUGCCUUGUCGGGAUGCUACAGCCACUGUGUCUUGUGUUCAAGUAGCUUUCAAAUGGUGGCAACUGGUAAUUUUUUGUUGGAUUCUCCUUCACCUAAGCAAGAGACCACAUUCCAGCAACCCCACACAAGCUGGUAAAUGUAAUUACUUCAGCAGAGAAACUGGGAACAUCCCCAAGUCCACCUCAUCUGUCUGUCUGCUCAAGAAAUCAAACAGUCCUGCCUUUGGGUAUAACUGGCACUUUUCUGUUCUGCACAUCAAGAAAAAAUAUUGACCUCCAUCAGUUUUCAUCCUUCUUAUGGAGCUCUCUACCAAAGAUAUUUCUUAAUGUGGGGCAAGGAAGAACUGCUGUCUGCCAACUGCUUUGAAUGGAAUCCACCCUUUUCCUUGAUCAUCCCAAGACAGAUCCUGUGGAUGGGGGAAGUGGCUUCGGCAAAGGCCUAUGACCAGAGGAGGCCCUUGCUACCUUGCAGUACCUAAGGUGGUGAGGAAACUGUUGAGUCUUGAACCUCAAACAUGCUGAAUCCAGGACUUCAUCUUCAGGACACCCCAAUCCACCUGCUACUGGAAGCCACUGAGAAGAACAGGGAGAGAGUGCAACUAUGUUCAACUCUCACCACAUUUUUAUUUUUGGGCAGGGAACACAGGGACUUGCAGUUUCCGUGGAACAUGCUUUGUGCCUCAAGGGCAGUGUGGAGUAAAUCUGAGCAAUGGCUGUGACAUCAGUUCAAUUUUUAGUACAUCCUGCUAUAGUGUGCUAAUUUGGGAAAAUAAAUCAGUGUUCUCGUGGUGGGAGGAGAAGCAUUUGUCAUACAAGGCUGGCCAAGAUAUUUGAGAGUGUUCAGUCAAUUCUUACUUUUCAGCAUUUUAGUUUUGAGUCUGAUUCCUGUUGUCAGUUUCUACAUGAAAAUCUAAUCUGAAUAUGGCUGUGUCCCAAAGAUUACAUUCCAGACCUUUGUCCCUAUUUUAUAAAUAAUGUACAUUUUAAUAAAGUUGUGUAUGGAUCAAAAUUUUUGAUCUGUCAAGGACAGAA